AUGCCCACUGUCUCUGCGUGUGUCCAGGUGCCGGAGUGUGUGUGUUCCGUCUCCAUGGAGCUGCAGGAGAGCGUGGGGGCCAAGGGGGACAUGGUGGCAGGGCUGAACGCUGCAGGGAAGGAGAUCAUUGGUCAGAGUACGCAGGAGGAUGGAGCUCAGAUCAGGCUACAGCUCAACACCCUCAACACACGCUGGGCUCGAGUGUUGGAGCUACCAGCCAGACAGAACAAUGUGGACACCAUCAACACGAGGACCGGCACCAUUCCCCUCCCUGCUGACCAACAGAAGGAAAUGAAGAUGAUCAACACACGCUGGGUACAGGUGUCUAAAGACCUGCCUGAGAAGCAGAAGCAGAUUGAGAGCUUGCUGAAGGAGCUGUCUCACUUCCAGGACCGGCUGACUUACCUCUCCUCGUGGACCUCAACUACCAGGACCACCCUAGAGGAAAACCCUGACAAUGUGGAACCCAAGCUCAUUGAUGAAGUCCAGGUCAAGAAGCCUGAGGUGGAGGGGGUGUUGGCUAAGGGCCAGGAGCUGUACAAGGACACGCCUCCCAGCCAACCAGAGAAGGAGAAGUACCACAGUCUGAGUGAUGAUUGGAGGGCGAUUCAGGGGCAAAUGAUAGUACACAGAGAGAGGCUGGCCGCUCUAAAGAUCCAGAAAACCACCAUUGAGACCCUCCAGGAGACGCCCCAGCCCUGGCUCAGUUCAACAAGGCCUGGGCAGAGCUCUCUGAUUGGCUAUCCCUGCUGGAUCAGAUGGUACAGACACAGAGGGUGA